UCUCAGAGCUCUGUGACUUAUAAGCCUCACAAAAAGGCCCGUUAUGCACAGGUAGAGAAAUCGGUUCUCGGGUCCAACGAAUCCAGUAUACGUGCCACCUUUUCGGUGUCACCUUUCUCUUUGCGGCCCCUCGAAGUCCGCGAGGGACCGUUCAUGCGGCGGGCCCCUCUCUUCCGAGUUUUUUUUUUUCUCCGUCCGUCUCUCUUCUCCUCGCGCACACUCACCUGGCAACCCGGGCUCACCUGAACGGCCAUCUUGAGGUGCGUUGUCGUAUCGCCGCUCCUCGUCUUUCUCUCGAGUCGCAUUUUCCGCUCGUCCUUGUAACCGGCUGCUCGUCGCAUGCGCCGUCGCUUGCAUGUGCAAAACCUCGCGAUGUGCAGCGCAGCAACAUAGUGAUCGCGCCGGUAACAUUUGUCGCUUUAAUCGUGCUUCUACCUGGUACGCUUUCUCUUCUACGCAUUCCGAUAAGGCCCUGUCGUCGAUGACGUCAUUGGUAUUCUCUUUCGGAGCUUAAUCGCGGGAUUCCGAGGAAAUACCGCUUCCGCCUAUCACUUCGUUCAUUCCGCAUCCUUUAUAUUUCUGCGAUACAUUGCUCAAGCGGAGGAAAGGUGCGCUGAUCUAACGACCGGUGAACGUGCUCGAACACACCUAAAUGAAAAUGUCACGGACGGCGUUGCUGCCGGUUUGAUGCUAAUACGACCGUGCGAUCGUUUUGUUAUUUCGGAGUACUGUGGGAUCCGCGAUGAAGCAACAAUCGAGAAACGAGUGAAGAUUCGUCCACUCCGUUCCAUUGCAAAAACGAAGAAGAUAAUUUCGCCAGAUCCUGAAUGAAGCUCACAUCGGACCUGCGAAGGGAGAGCGAUAUUAAUUGUGAAAUUAUUGUGUCGUUAAAGUAGCGAAAGUACGGUUCUUUGUUUGAGUGAGAAGUUUCUCGUGAAUGGACUCGCGUGUCUUACGCACAGCGAUUCCAUUGUUGUUGAACAAUUGGACGGUGCAGAAUACGUUCCAAGAUCGACGACCUUUUCCCCGGGUUGUGAUAACCGCGCGAGUCGGCGCGAGGAAUCGGUGCGCUUGAAGCCGCGGAUUCUCAUCGCUUCCGCGGAUCUAAUCGACGGUUCUUCUCGCGGUUCUCUUGCGUUUCGUGCGCGAAACUUGCGGGGUUCAUGUUAUGUUUGAACGAUUUCGUCAGGAAGAAUCACUCUUGAACCACGUGUCAGUUGAAACAUCAUUUGCGUUGACAAAGAAAUCGAUUCCGCGAUAUCAAGAUGGGUUCGAAGAUCGAGUACGUCGAAUCUUCGCACAUGUACGCGACCAAUUACAUCCGCAACUCUAAGGCAAUCGGCGUCUUGUGGGGUAUCUUCACCAUAUGCUAUGCCAUUAUCGGCGUCGUCGCGUUUGUCACACCCGAAUGGCUCGGCGAUCUGGAACACGAGAACCCCGGUAGAUUCGGAUUAUGGAUCAGAUGCAGCUACGGCGGUAAUGGUGAAUUAGGCGAGGAAUGCAUCGGCCGACUGGAUGACCUGUCGACUAUCGCCAACGUUCCCUUCCGAGCCAGCACGAUUCUAGUCGGCAUCGCAGUGAUAAUCGCGCUACUGGCGAUCUGCGCGAUGCUCAUGUUCUUCUUCUGCCAGAGCACCACCGUUUUCUACAUGUGCGCUUGGAUGCAAGUGGUGUCAGCGAUCUGCAUGGCGAUCGGAGUGUGCAUCUAUCCUCUCGGCUGGGACUCGCCGGUGAUUCGUGCCGUUUGUGGCGCAGCUGCAUCUAGAUACAAUCCUGGCGCCUGUGCCGUGAGAUGGGCGAUACCGCUCGCUGCAAUUGCAGCUUUGGACGCGGCCACCUUGUCCGCCCUUGCCUUCAUUCUGGCCUCCAGACACGUGAGACUGCAACCGGAACCUUUCAACAACGGAUCCUUGUACAAAGGUGAAGUGAAUCCGGGCUACGUCAACGAGGCUCAAAGCGUAGCUGGUUCUCGCAAAUCCUUGUCCUUGAGACCGGUGCUCCUGGUGGCGCCGCCCGAGCAGGAUCGCUACAGCGAGCUCUCCCGUGCAAAGUCGCACUCGCAUCACAGCCUGUACACCCCGGCGCCGUCGCAUCCGGUGCACACGAUGUCCACAAAUACUCUCAAUCACUCGCAGCAUAAUUUCCAGCUGUGAGACAACUUACCGUUGCGAUACAAGCAUGAAAAUAGAUCUGUAUAUAACUUGAGAGACGGAACGUAAUUGUACAUAAGAGAAAAUGCCGGAAACUUUUUGUAGAAUCCGCGUCUCAAGUGCAGUCACUUGAACUACUUGCAAUUCUAAGUUUUAUCCGAGAUGCGGAAAAUGUUGUUUACGAUAACUUAUCUAUAAACGAUGCAGAUGCGAAGAUACAAAUAGUUUCUCAGCGACUGAGAGUGUUCAUUAUUGUUUGUGCCGUGAUUAUUUCUACAUAUAUGUAUCGUCUAUGUUACAUCGACAUUAUGGAAAGAAAUUGUCUUCCUUAAACUGUUGACUUUCCACAUAUAUAUAUAUAUACAAUUAUAUAUAAAUAAUUAUUAAGUUUAGACCAAUCAGCAGGAAAAUGUGAACUAAAACAUAUUUUUCUAUAUAAAUUUUUCUUUAAUCUUCUAAGAAUUUUAUACUUGUCUUUAUAUAUAUACGUAAUUAGAUUCUAAUUGUGUAGCUUUAUAUCAGUUUCUAACUGCAAUGCAUUAAACGAAUUAAGAGAUUUCGUUAAUUUAAUUCAUACUCAUUUACAUAUGAGUUAUAAAGUUUAACUGUUAAACGAUAAUUCGAAAAAACUGUGCUCUAUAAAUGUUAUAAAUCACAAUCCGUGCCGUAUUAUCGAAGCAAUAUAUUAUUUGUGUUAUGUAAUUAUUUAAGUCUUUAAUCACUCACCAAUGUGCCUUUAUGAUUUACCAAGAAUAAUAUCCGUAAAGUAAAUUUUCUUUUUACCA